GUACAGUCCCCUGAAAGCAGCUUAGUCUGCCAUUUUGAGAAUUUGAAAUUUAAACCUCGAGGAGUCACGGUGGUUCGAAGAUCUGAACCGGAGUCUAGUAGAUCCAAACAAGUUGCGGGCGCUCCGACUAGCCGCUAAGGGGGAUCAGGUUGUCGUCUCCGGUGACUUAACUGACGAGAAGAAUUGUUCACGACGUUAGAGAAUUUUCUAGAUUGUAUCGUCCGUCGUCGGUGCUGUUUUAGCAGUGAAACCGACAUCCAUCUAGAAAAUGGGGCAUCAUAAUCAUCACGCGACGGACGGUUUGGUGAAUCUGUUAACCAGAGCAAACCAUGAUCUCAAUAUGAUUCAAUACAAGCUCGAGAAAGAAUUUCAACAAGUUUACCCUGAACAUAAUCAGGCUAAUCCGAUGAAGCUGGUUUCAAGGAUAAAGAAAGUGCAGGAAGACUUGUCAACUUUGAAGGAACAGUGUCGCGAACUCUUAGCAGCCAAACAGGAUUUGAUUGAUAAGGCACGAACGACUCUUGUUGGGAACAGAAGUUUGGUGCAGAAGAUGCAAGCAUCCCUGGACAUUCCUGUUACUAGCGAGUCUGAAGAUCCUGCAUUUGCCAGCUUCAAGGAGAUUAUUGAUGAGUGGACAGUUCAAAUGAGAACAAGAGCAGGAGAUGAGAAUCAGGACUCGGAUUCUGAGGAUAUUAACAAAUUACUUUUCUCAGCUAUAGUUGAAAGCAACUGAGCAGCUUCUCUUCGGCAUGCAAACCUUUAACGGUGCCAAAUAUAGUAUUUUCUUGCUACAAGGUAAUGAUGAGUUGAGGAUUUCAGAAUAAUUUAAACAUGGAAUACAAAUAAGUACUGUUUGUUGUUCAUUGACCAAUGAGUGCUGGCUUUAUAAUCCACUAAACAGCAUAUAGUUAACUUGUAUAAGUCCGAGUUCUGAUCUGUCCUUACAUUUUGUAUUUGGAAACGCUACUGUUUUAUUCGCCCAUGCACUUGCAUUGUGCAUAAUCUCAAUUACAUUUCCCAUAAGGGUGGAGCCAAGCUUGCUUGGGUUUGAAUUUA